AUGAACCCCCAGGAGACGGAGCUUGGCCAGGAAGUGAUGGAGGAGACCGAUGCCCCUCCUCGCCAUCGCCACAACAACCGGUCCCGUAACCACAACAACCAGGAAAGGCGCAACAGACGCUGCGAUGCGCCUGCUGGAGGAAGUGCCGGCGGUAGAGCCAGGGCGCCGCAGCAGCGCAGGCCACAGGAGGAGCAAGACAUGGAGCUGCAGCAUGGAGCUCAGCCCCCGCAGCACCAGCCGCCCCAGCCGCCCCAGCCGCCCCAGCCCAUUCCCCGACCUGCAGUGACACGUUAUCGCAGGCAAGGGGACAGCGAGGCGCGGAUCAGAGCCCAGCAGCAGAGGCACAGGCAGAGGCAGCAGAGGGAGGCAGAGAGAGCGCAGCAUUUAGCGCAACAACAGGAGAAUCAGCACCACGCAGAGAUGACCCCGGAAGAUGAACGAGAGCGGGACGAUUCGGCGCUGGCCCGCUCAGCGAGCACUGAGAGCGGCUUCCACACCCACACUGACCGGGCCGAGGGGGACGACGGCCUGGUGAUGAUGUCUCUGGAGCCUGAGGGGCAGCCAGAGGUGGAGGACGAAGCGGGAAACUAUGGAGUCCAGCUGCGGCCGGAGGCGGAGGGGUACACUGAGAGUGCAGAGGCUGAACAGCAACUUCUCCACCCACAUCCUAGCUACCCUCCGCAGCCCCCGCCCCUACCACGUGAACCCCUGCCUGACAUCCAGAACCCACAGAGACAAGAUGAAGCAGAGGAGAUGAUGAACACUGGCUACUCCAACUACGUCUACACCCAACCCCUCAGCCACUCUGGAGGGAGGCCUGAUGUCUCGGCCGGUCAGAGCUUGGAGAGUUUAGAUGGUGGACUUGUGGAUGAAGCCUACUCAGAGCCAUAUGACAUUUACUCACUCUCUGAGCACGUUUACGAGGAAAUCUGCGAUGCUCCGACAUCAGUGUCAUCUGCUGCGGACGGAGCUGAGGACGCAGAGUCUCUCCAACAGAAGAGGGCCGGCUUUCAGCUGUUGGAGGGUCCGGUAGGAGGUGGAGACUACCAUCAGCAAGAGGCGGUGGGCUCCCGCCUGCGGCACUAUGACGAACGCUCGGAUGGCGAGUCUGACAGCCCAGAGAAGGAGGCCGAGUUUGCCCCGUACCCACGUGCAGACAGCUGCGACCAGGAGGAGGACAUCGACAGCAUCGUGGCUGAGGUCAAAGAAAGCCUGAGCUCUCAGAAUCUUCAUUGUGUUACGGACGACACCAUAGAUGAAGAGAAUGAGCUACCGCAGGGAGAAGAAAAACCCCAACCCGAGUUCCAAACCGACUCGGACAAAAACCACAAAGCUGCCAACCGAGGGAAGCCCGCCAGAAACCAGGCUGGGAGCCCUUCAGAGGAGCCCGUAGCAGUGAGGAACAGUCAGGAGAAGAGGGACGCCAUAUCCCUGGCCAUCAAGGACAUUAAGGAGGCCAUAGAGGAGGUGAAGAACAGAACGGUGAGAUCUCCGUACACACCUGAUGAGCCGAAGGAGCCCAUUUGGGUAAUGAGGCAGGACCUGAGUCCCACCGCAGAGUGUGACCUACAGCCGACACUAGGGGGCGAUUCUCCUGGUUCAGGCUCCCCGUCUCCUCCAGGAGCAGAGUCAUCCAGCAGACAUCUGCUGCAGGAGGACAGCUUUGAGUCCUCUCCCUCCAGCAAAGAGUCCAGGAAAAGCCUUGCAUCCUUCCCCACAUAUGUAGAAGUCCCAGGCCCAUGUGACCCAGAGGACCUGAUUGAUGGGAUCAUCUUCGCAGCCAACUACCUGGGCUCCACCCAGCUGCUGUCGGACAAGACACCGUCCAAGAACAUCCGCAUGAUGCAGGCGCAGGAGGCCGUCAGCCGCAUCAAGACGGCCCAGAAAUUAGCCCAGAACAGGAAGAAGGCCUCUGAGGGUGAGCCUCAGCCCAUGACAGAGGUGGAUCUCUUCAUCUCCACCCAGAGAAUCAAAGUGCUCAACGCUGACUCCCAGGAGACCAUGAUGGACCACCCUUUGCGGACCAUCUCCUACAUCGCAGACAUCGGCAACAUAGUGGUCCUGAUGGCCCGGCGCAGGAUGCCUCGACCCGACUCUCAGGAGAAUGUGGAGGCCUCGGACCCAGGGCAAGACAGCAAGCGCCAGUACAAGAUGAUAUGCCACGUGUUUGAGUCUGAGGAUGCCCAGCUGAUUGCCCAGUCCAUCGGGCAGGCCUUCAGUGUGGCUUACCAGGAGUUCUUACGGGCCAAUGGCAUAAACCCUGAGGAUCUUAGCCAGAAGGAGUACAGUGACCUGCUCAACACCCAGGACAUGUACAACGAUGACCUCAUCCACUUCUCCAAGUCUGAAAACUGCAAAGAUGUGUUCAUAGAGAAAGCUAAGGGGGAGAUUCUGGGUGUGGUCAUUGUGGAGAGUGGGUGGGGCUCCAUCCUGCCCACGGUCAUCAUUGCCAACAUGAUGCAUGCUGGGCCAGCGGAGAGGUCUGGCAGACUGAACAUAGGAGACCAGAUCAUGUCCAUUAAUGGGACCAGUCUAGUGGGACUGCCACUGUCCACCUGCCAGAGCAUCAUCAAGGGUCUGAAGAACCAGUCUCGGAUCAAGCUAAACAUUGUCAGAUGUCCCCCGGUGACCACUGUGCUCAUCAGACGGCCUGACCUCCGCUACCAGCUGGGCUUCAGCGUCCAGAAUGGCAUUAUCUGCAGCCUGAUGCGUGGGGGCAUCGCUGAGCGGGGCGGGGUCCGAGUGGGUCACCGCAUUAUCGAGAUCAACAGUCAGAGCGUGGUGGCCACGCCCCAUGAAAAAAUUGUCCACAUCCUGUCCAACGCUGUGGGAGAGAUCCACAUGAAGACGAUGCCUGCAGCCAUGUACCGCCUGCUGACCGCCCAGGAGCAGCCUGUUUACAUUUAA